CCAUAGCGAGCGGGCAGACAGGUAAGGCGAGGCGACAGAGUGGUGGCUAAAUGACAUGUACCUGUCCGUCCCACUGGCUCUACCGAUUAAUAGCAACCCCGGCGCACUCGUAAAAACGAAGAGAUUUGCAAAUCAGCGGGAAUCUGCGGUAUUUCUCGCGCGAUUUCUCAUCGAGCUUUUGAAUUAUCAAGAAAAAUUGGACAGGUGCGAAUUGGAAGUCGAACGUGCGAGGUCUAAGGAUGGUAAGACCAUGCAAUCGCUCUGCAUGGCGCAACAUUACAAAAUGUUGCGGAUUUAUCGACGACCCGGGGUAAACGGCGACGAGCAAAUUCUCCUCGAUAGAGCGGCCUGCGGCGAUCACAUCGUCGUUGCGCAUCAUAACCAGUUUUACAGCGUACCGGUGAGAGCGUCGGACCGAGACCGAAUCACGGAAGCCGAACUGGUUCAACAGUUACUGAUGAUUAUGGAAACUAAAGCCGACCCUAGGACUCCGCCGGUCGGUAUUCUCACGACUGCGAAGAGACCGGUUUGGGCGAAGGCGCGAGAGGAACUGAUCAAAAAUGAGCAUAAUCGGCACAAUCUCGAACUGUUGGAACGUUCCCUGUGCAUCGUCUGCAUCGACGACGACGUACUACCAACCACGUUCAACAAUCCCGUGAGGAAAGAGGACCGAUGGAUCGGCGAUCGAGAUUACGCGAACGUGCUGCAUCACGCCCUUCACGGCGGUGGAUCCAGACACUUGGCCGCGAAUCGUUGGUACGACAAGACCCUUCAACCUUUUCUCGGCAAGGACGGACUGUGGGGAUUUACGUACGAGCAUUCCGCCGGCGAAGCACCGGCUAUCUUUAAAGCUGUCGAGGAUAUCACGUUGAAGGUGGACUCGAUGUCGCCGCCGGAUGAGAAUCUAGUACCGUCGCAUCUUCCGGCGCCGGAGAAGAUGGAAUGGUAUCUCAGCGAACAAAGCCUGAACGACAUCAGGGAUGCCAUGAUGAGCAUCGACGCGCUGGUCGAAGAUUUGGACCUGUGUGUUAUGCUGUUCGAGGAUUACUCGAAGGAAUUCGUGAAAUCCUGCAAAAUUAGUCCCGACGUGUACAUACAACUGGCACUCCAGCUUACAUAUUUCAGACUCCACGGGAAAUUGGUGGCUACUUACGAGAGCGCCAGCAUCCGGAGAUUCGCGAUGGGUCGCGUUGACUGCAUCCGGGCGGCGAGUCCAGAAGCGCUGGCAUGGGCGAAGGCGAUGUGUCAAGGCGAUCCUCAGACCAAUCAGUCCAACAACGCCCUGGACGGGAGCCCGAAAAGAGUUCAGUUCACCAUUUACAGUGCGGAAAGAAUCAAGGAGCUGUUCGACCUGGCGGUACAGAGACAGACCAAGGAAAUGAACGACAACAUACAUGGACACGGCAUCGACAACCACUUGAUGGGGUUGCGUUACGCGGCGAUGAAGGUCGGCGAACCGAUCCCGGAUAUCUUCACGGACGAAACUUACGCCAUCGUUAAUCACUUCGCCCUCUCGACGUCGCAGAUCACGUCGAAGAGCCAGAUGAUCGCCGGAUACGGGCCGGUGGUGCCGGAUGGUUACGGAUGCGCCUACAAUAUGCGGCCAAACGGUAUCACGUUCUCGGUUUCCGCCUUUCACAGCGACGGCCGAACCAAUGCGAUGCAAUUUGCGCAAACGCUAGAACAGAGUCUGCGAGAUAUGGCAGCUAUGAUAAAAAAUUCCAAAAAGUGAUAAACCAACGCCGCAAACAAAAGGGUGGUUCGACGGCCGAGUAAUAACGUAUCCUUUUUUUGAUCCCGUACGCUGCCGAAAACAUUCCACUCUGAGGAACAUCCUGUAUAUAACAUCUAUUCUCAUUUUCAUUGUAUUGCCAUAUUAGCGGAAAUGUCGCCGCGAAAGUGAUUUAUUUAUUGCGAGGAGGACGUGUAAGGAUCAGUUGAAUUUCCCUUUGUCGCCGUUGAACGAGCGGAGCGCGACUUUCGAAGCACCCUUGGCAUCGAGGAAAGUCGUGACAGAUUCGUGUACGCAACGCGGAGAAAUUAACUCGCGCAAUUUCUUAAAUGUAUCGCUGGUUUGAUAUAAUAUCUCUAUAAAGUAGAGGAGAAAAGCGUCGCCGGAGCGCGCAAACUCAUCGAAAAAUAUCUUUAAGAUGUUCUCUGUUGUUUGGGCCACUAGAAGUGAGUCUCUCGUUGUCUGUUUUCUAGAGAAAUAUGUACAAAAAAACGUGCGCACACUCAAACACACGCAUGUUAGUCGACUCGCGUUAACGAGAGCGAAUUAAAUCCUUCAGCGGUAGCCGUCACAUAGUGAGCGAGUAUGUUAGAGAUCGGUCGUUUUAAAACUCUGACCCACUCGUCAAGUUUCUUGAACGCCCCGAGCGCUGGAAAAGAUCCAUUUGAAUCGCGAAAGAAGACUAAUGAUUUUAACAGAAAUACGCGCAGAAAACUUUCUAUACGUGUAGAAAAACGUUGGUUACUCUAUACCACGUAUUUCUCAUAGCUACCGAUUGAAUUUGCCUUCCAUUCAUUCCGAAGGGCUUUUCCAGCGUCUCGUCUGCCGCAGGAACACUCUAAAUGUGGCCAAUCGUUGGCGCCCGCACAGUAAACUCUUGUCCAAUUCUUAGAUAGGUCGACGGAUCGCAUCGCUCGAUUAAAGCCGGUCGAUCGUCGACGAUAUAGCUCUAACUAUCGCGCUAUUUUUCCGCUUCCUCGAACAUGAUGCAGGGAGUCAACAUAAGUAGUGACUCGGUAUUUUGGAAGUAGAAAAUGCCCCAAAUUUCGUCUUCUCAAUGACGCUUUUUCCCUUUCGGCCAAUUUUUUUCUCAUUUCACGUCCACAACGGGACAAAUUAUCGUAAAAUCGAACGCGAUACUUCGAGUUCUAACGGGAAAAAGAAAUGCACGAGAUCGUGUUCUUCGACUGACUGGUCGAUUCGUCCAAAAUUUUCGCUCCAGAGAAAUAUCAAUUCUGAACUAGCUGUAAAGAAAGAAAAACCAAGAAAUGUGCCAUUUUAAUUAUGACAACACCCUGUAAACUUCUCAAAAAUUACCAUUUAUACAAGAAUCUAUCACAUAUCCAUGUGUAAUACAUAUCAAAUUUACGCGUGUAAAAUCAUCUUUAAGCUGACUGACUCUCUCAUGAUGAUCCCAUUUCACUUUACCCCUUUGGAUAAAAUGAUGAAUCCGCGAUUUGGAAUAUUUAGGCGAUCUGUUACGCUCUCGCCUUGUCCUCUCGACUAAUGGAUGUAACGGCAAUUAUCAAGGAAAAUCGCCUCGUUACACAGCUAUGAGAUAAAACGUUGUUAGGAGCGUCGUUUGGAUCAACCCUUUGAUUCUAGUCGGAUUAUUAUUAUGUAUGAUGAGAGAAAAUUGGAAAAUGGAAGGGACUUGGAUUUACCAUUGUGUGACAAAUUUGUUCGUUCUGUUAUCACAUCUAUCAUGCAAAGCGAGGAAGUCCAAGAUUUUCUUACAUCGACUCUUCUACGACGUACCGAGUCUCCCUCAUCUGCAUUCUCAUAUCCAAACGUCUCGUUAACGUUAUAAAUGCGAUUAUUUUCAUAUAUUCUUUCGUUAAUGUUAUUUAUAUUUUAUUUGCGAAUUUAUGCUAGACGCUUUAAUUUAAAAAUUUUUUAUUUUUUACAAUCCACUGUUACGGUUACUCAUUCGAUCGAGUAUUCGAAGGAUGGUCCGAUCUUGAUAUAUUCGUGGAGUUGAAUCGGUCUUGGAAAAGAUUUACUUGUUCGUUCCUUGUUGAAGCUUCGUCGUAAGUAGAAUUUAAUCUACGUUACUGUCGUUAUCCGAUUCGUUUGUAGCGUGCCAUAAGUUAUCCAUUCAAAUUUUAUGAAUGUUCAAAAGUCAAUCGAUCGUCUAGUGCAUUUGCGAGAGGGUGUCUCUUCGUUAUUGUUAAAAGAAAAAAAGACGAAACAAAAAAAAAUAUAUAUAUAUAUAUGUAUGUGUGUUUAUAUGACAAGAGGCGUGCGUUCGAAAGUACAUACGUAUUCUCACGUAUGCAGUGAACAACUGAAAUGUGCAUUUUUGCUGGCAGCAAUUUCGAAGGAAAGUUGCAUGGAUAUUGGAAAAAAAAUAUAUAAAUAGCUUGGAAACGGAAAGCAAACUACUGAACUAACACAUCUUUUCGCCUAAAUAUAAAAAAAAAAAAACCCCGAUACACCAAGGAAAUAAAUAUUCUUUCGAAGCGGUUCGAAGCGCUUUCCGCGUUUUGGUUGCACCUUGUAUACGUAAUAAUAUGUGCAAGUGUUCUCUACUAGGUCUGUAAGAAAGUAUCUAUUAUUACAAUUAAGACCACGAAAUAUAGUUAGAGUACUUAUACAUAUCGCAAAACCAUUGUGAUCGCACUUUUGCGGCCAAGAAUAUCACACGCAUAUCAGGCGAAAGCCAACGUAGCGACGAUUUUAUUCCGGGAUAACGCAUAUCCUGAUAAAUCGGUAGGAGAGUGUGCUUACGAAUGUAAUUACAGUAUAACUCGAGUUCUAAGUAGCAGAUAGAAAUAUACUGGUGCGUUAAAUUAUUCGUUGUUUUCGGGAUGAUCUCGGCCGUUUUGCGUGAAUCGCGAUGAAAUAACAUUCUAUGGUUUUUACAUGUGGUUUUUGGACGUUGAAUUGUGCUGAUUGCAAGUUCCGUGAUAAUCAUACUUUAAUUUAAUCCUCAUAGCUCCGAAGGCUUGUGUGAACACAAUCGGUGUCUAUAUAUCUAAUUACGAAUCAUGGAAAAUAUUAUUUUCGCGGGCAUACACACACACGUUGUGAUUAUUAGAAGAUAUAUUUUAAACUAUGCGUUUUAAGACUGUUAAUGUUAGAGCGAAUGAUAAAGCGCAGUAAGAGCCAAGUAGCGCUAUAUAGAAUAUAAAGAUAUAAUAUUAUAGUAAUGUUAAUAACAUAGGAUUCGCGUCACUUCGAACUAUGAGGAAUUAAAUUAAACACCAACAUAUGUACAAGGUGUUGCAUAUUGAGCAGUAUGUCCGCGCAGCGUGGCCACCCGACAUAGUGCUCGAUAUGUAUUGAUACGAAAGAAAUGACUCUUAAAAUCGUCGUGAUUCACGCAUACGACUCGCAGUGUAUGUGCGAGAGUCGCUUUCGUCGUUGUUGAAAUGUUUAUUAAAAAAUUCAUAAAUAUAUAUAUAUAUAUAUAUAUAUAUAUAUAUAUAUAUUAUACUAAGCUCUCGUGUGCGCGAUUCACCAGUUUGGAAAAGUUUGAAAAACUUGAAAGGCUACCAAAUAGAUGCUACUCGAAAUGAAAAUUACGAAACACGAGAAGAAUAUCAUGCGUCUGACUAUUUAAUAUCACUUGAAUAUCAGUUUUCGAUGAUCUCGCGAUAUAUGUACAUAUAUAUGUAUAUUACGAUCUUGCCUCGUUAUAUCUCCUUUUUUUUUUCGUGUCAUAAAUUUAGUGGUCUUUCUUACUUUCCGUUCUUUCUACAAUGUAUCAUAUUGGAAACGUUCUCUUCUAUAACACAAAAUACAUCUCUUUUUAUUUUUAAUUUCUCAUAUAAUGUAUGAGGAAAAGAGAAUUAAAAUCGACAUCUAAUUGGGAAUGAAUUAAUAAUAUAAACGAUAAAUAAAAGUGAAAUCUAGUAUAUAGAGACCCAGCUAUAAACUGGAGAGUAAAGAUAGAAUUUGAAUUUAUAUAUGAGAGAUCAUAUAUGUAAAAAAAAUAAGUCUAUCUAUAAUUUGGAUAUUUCGCAGGAUAUGUUCCUUCCAUCCUCUCGAGCAAAUUCACUUGUUCCAGUUGGUUUACAUUUAUAAUUGGCAGAAAUUUUGGGUCGAAAUAUAUGCUCGAUCGCAAAUUAAUUUUUCUUACGGGAAAGAUUGUAUGCGAGUAGGAAUGAAGGAAGAAUUAAUCUCGUGCGUAAAACAUUCGAUAGAUAAAUACAUCCCGCUCGCGCGGAAAGCAUACACAGCAUACCUCUGCUAAGUAAAUGACCCACGUCGAAAGUAUGUUGUAUCACGCGUGUGUACGUUUCUUCGUGCAGAAAUAAAUUCCAUCGGUACACCAA